AUGGCAAGCCACCACUGGAUCUCAAUCCUCAGCCUGCUGGCGCUGCUUGGCCUCACCGGUGCUGAUGUUACCAGCCCCGGAGCCCACGGCUUCCUGGGGUUCGGCAUAUCUCUCUAUGACCCCUACUGUGCGUUUGUCUGCGAAUUCAGCCUCUUCGUGCCCAUCAACUGCACCACGGCCGACCUGGCCAUCGUCCCGAAAUACCUGCGCCGUCGCGAUGCCGACGAGGCUGCCAAGCCCGUCUGGCCCAGCGGCGACGGCUGGGCUGUCACGACCGAAACCACACCGACGUGCCUGUCGCGCAACGAGUUCUACCUGCAGACCCUGGCGUACUGCAUCAAGAGUCACUGCACGUCGAUCCCUACUAGCGCGGCUGAGAAGUUCUGGGAGGGACAGCUCGUCAAGCUGCCGGAUGGGAGCGGGCCCAAGUCCUACACAGAUGUGGUGGCGGCUAUUAGCGAACCGCCGACACGACCGGUCAACGCAACCCAGGUGCUCAACUACACGGGGAUAGUACCCGAAGAGCAGUGGCAGCUGCUCUACAGAGACGUUUCCAACAGUGCGAUGAACGAGAUCAGGCACUCCCUGUACAGUCUCAUCAUCCUCAUCACUGGUGCGGGCAUCCCAAUUGCCAUGUCGUUGCUGCGAUUUCUCCCGUGGCCGGCGGCGUGGGUCACCAAGGUGAACGCAUACCUCAUCGACCCGCCCCUGGUCGGCUCCAAGCACUCGACACCGAUCUGGGGCCUGGGCAUCAUGCCGACUCGCGGCCAGGCACUCUUCAUUCUGUAUCUCUGGGUAAUCAACGUCGUGCUCUCGAGCAUCGGGUAUGAGAAUCAGCUGGGAAUCUGGUACGAGACCGUCAAGGCCGAGACCAUGAGAAACCUUGCCAACCGACUAGGUGUCUUGGCGUAUGCAAAUGUGCCCUUGGUUAUUCUGUAUGCCGGGCGUAACAACUUUCUGCUCUGGCUGACCAACUGGUCGCACUCGACGUUUCUACUUCUCCACCGGUGGGCCGCCUUCAUCUGCAUGAUGCACGCGGUCCUCCACAGCUUGGUGUACCUUGAGAUCGCCCUGCAUUCUGAGGGAUGGGCCGAGGAAUUCACCGAGCCGUAUUGGUACUGGGGAUCCGCGGGCACGAUCGGAUUCGUGAUUCUCUGCGUCAAGUCGAUCCAGCCGAUUCGUCAGCGGAUCUACGAGAUAUUCCUCGCCGCGCACAUUGUCAUCACGGUGCUGGUGAUUGUCUGCUCGUACAAGCACGUCAACGUCAAGUACACCGAUGCGUGGGGGUACCAGAACUGGCUUUGGAUGGCCUGUGCCAUCUGGGGCUUUGAUCGUCUGGUACGCCUUGCACGCUCGCUUCGCGCUGGGUUCAAGAGGGCAUAUUUCACGCCUAUUGACGAGGAUUACUACCGACUCGACAUUCCGGGUGUCUCUGCUGACGGCCACGUGUACCUUCACUUUCCCACCAUUAGCACCUGGCGCUUCUGGGAGAACCAUCCAUUUUCCGUUGCUGGUGUGACGUACCUACAAGAGACUUCUACCACGGCCAGCUCUGUGGUGGGAGACGAAAAGGAAAAGGGAAUCGCAGCAAGCACGACAGCGGUUGGAAGUGGCUCGGGAAGCGGAUCGGACAGUGAGUCGGCGAUGAUUCGCAAGGAGUCGGGCAUUGCCGUCUUCAUCAGGCGACAAAGUGGGUUGACAGCCCUACUCGCGAAGAAGGGACCGUGUCCCAAGGGCAUUCCCGUUUUUGUGGAAGGCUCGUACAACCACAAGGCGACAUUCCUGCAGGAAGACCACCCGGAGCCGACUCAUGAGUUUCCCAACUUGCUGUGCAUCGCCGGCGGAGUCGGCAUCACCGGCGUGCUCCCGGCCGUUGAUAGGUUCAACACAGCCGGGAAGCCGCUGGGCACCAAGAAGCUGUUUUGGGGCGCGCGGACCUGGCCCCUGGUGCGGGAGGUGGAGAGGAUGCAGCUCUGCGGCCCGGCCAGCCAGAGCACGUCGACGGAGCGACGCUGGGGCGACGUGGAUGUGACGCUGGCGGUAGGCGAGAGGCUGGACAUUCGCAGGAUCCUGACGCAGGAGCUCCGCCAGCAAAAGGGCGGCACGGUGAUUGUGGUGUGCGGCCCAUCUGGCAUGGUGGAUGACGUGCGAUGCAUCGCGUCGGCGCUCGGUAGACACGAUGAGGCUGGUAAGGCGGUGGUGGUGAAGCUGAUGAUUGAGAGCUUCACUUGGUAA